AUGACUCAGAAAUUCCAUCAGCAUGUAGGGCUCCAGGGAGAUUCAGCAUUUCUCAGGCCCUUCCUCACACUCUUCAAACAGCUUUUGGUAGAGGAGGAUGAGGAGGAGGAGGAGGAUAAGAAAGAGGAGGGCGGGAGUAUUUUAGGAAAUCAGAAGAGCAGUGAGCUGGAAGCCAAGGAAAGUGGAGGAGAACACGAUUUAUUUGAACCACCACGCCGUCUCCCUGUGAAGAAAACUCGACAACAGCUUCAGCGAGAAAAAGCCUUACUAGAACAGAGCCAAAAACUUGGACUUCUAGAAGGCUCAGCCUCAUUACCUCCAGACCAACGGCUUUCUGCCCCCAAACAGAGAGCCAGCACUCAGAAGCCACAUUCAUCUCCUACUUGGACCUGUGCUAGCCCUGCUGCACUCACCUCUCCUGUUGGUGAUGGGGAACUCCCGGGUACUGAAAGUCAACCCAGGGAAGCAGGACUGGAGAAUUCUCAUAAUGGGCAUGAAAACUUGGAGGUCCUGCCUUCAAAGACAGCCUGCAAUUUGGAGAAAAAGAAAGUGGAAUUGCAAGAGAAAUCUCAUUGGCAAGUACUCCAGCAAGAACAACGACUAAUGGAAGAGAAAAAUAAACGUAAGAAAGCUCUUUUGGCAAAAGCUAUUGCAGAAAGAUCUAAAAGAACUCAAGCAGAGACUAUGAAACUAAAGCGGAUCCAAAAGGAGUUACAGGCUUUAGAUGACAUGGUUUCAGCUGACAUUGGAAUCCUCAGGAACCGGAUUGACCAGGCCAGCCUAGAGUAUUCAUAUGCACGGAAGCGAUUUGACAGAGCUGAAACUGAGUAUGUUAAUGCAAAGCUAGAUCUGCAACGCAAGACUGAGAUAAAGGAGCAACUCACUGAACACCUCUGUACCAUCAUACAGCAGAAUGAGCUCCGAAAGGCCAACAAGUUGGAGGAGUUGAUGCAGCAGCUUGAUGUGCAGCCUGAUGAGGAGUCCCUGGACCUUAAAGUAGAGAUGGAAGAGGAGGCAGAGGCAAGGAAGCAAAUGGUUGCUGUAGAAAGGCCAUGUCAGCCUGCCCCAGAGGGUGUGACUCCAGGGCUUACUAAAAAGAGCAAAAACUCUCAAGAACAAGCUGUUUCCCCAAAGGGUGAUGAACAGUGUGAAAAUUCCAGUAGCUUCUCCCAUCCAAGUCCAGACUACACAAUUCAAGAACUUGGCAGUGAUGAGCCCCAGGUUCAAUGUGAAAAACAGCAGAAAAGGAAAACUCCUGAAACAUGGAAUGAAUUAUGUAGAGGGAAAGGUGAAUUUUCUGUCAUUAGAGAUUUAAGCAGCAUUUUAAUGGGUGUUUACAGUGACAUUGUUGUAGAUCUUAUCUGUGGUCUGGAGUUAGAUAGCGUGUAA